GUGGGGCUUCUUGGUGCGGGGGCAUUUAUUCAUCGAGCUUCACAGAUCAAUGUCCACACACCAAAACAAGGGAGGAAGUGUCUUGCAGUAAAAGUUUAUCUUUCCUGCCGCCAGUUGUGAGACGUGGCGCAUUCUCCCGCCUCCAGGUGGCAGCCGCGCCGCGUCGUCUGCCCUCAGCCCCACAGCCUGCCCACCUACCUCCCCAAACAGCUGGCGUCCAAUCUAAGCCGCCGCGCCGCGGCCCGUCAGCCAGUCAACAGUCAACACAUGAACACACGGCAGCGGGGACGGGAAGUGUCUCAGUGACAGUGAGUAACAAGAUGGCCCCGGGGUGGACAUGUGUGGCGGCUCUCCUCAUCAUCCUGGUUAUUUCAUGUGAGGCGGGACGGGACUUUUACAAGAUCUUGGGUGUGCCGAGGGAUGCCAGUGUGAACCAAAUCAAAAAGGCAUAUAGGCGGCUGGCCAAGGAGUAUCACCCAGAUAAAAAUAAGGAUGACCCACACGCUGAGGAUAAGUUCAAGGACCUUGGGGCAGCUUACGAGGUGCUAGUGGAUGAUGAGAAGAGACAGAAGUAUGACAGGUGUGGUGAGGAGUGUGUUGCUAAGGAGGAUGGCUUCGGGGGCAUGGAUCCCUUCGCCAGCUUCUUUGGGGACUUUGGCUUUGGCUUUGGUGGUGGUGGUGGUGGUGGUCGAGAGCGAGAAGUCCCAAGAGGAGGAGACGUGACGAUGGACAUGCAUGUGACGCUGGAGGAGCUGUACGUGGGCAACUUUGUAGAGAUGGUGCGGAACAAACCAGUGAUGCGGGCAGCCUCAGGAACGCGCCGCUGUAACUGCAGGCAGGAGAUGGUGACAAGACAGUUAGGUCCAGGCCGCUUCCAGAUGACUCAGCAGCAGGUUUGCGACGAGUGUCCCAAUGUGAAGUUGGUCAAUGAGGAACGCACCCUGGAGUUUGAGAUUGAGCCUGGCAUGGUUGAUGGGCAGGAACACCGUUUUGUGGGGGAGGGCGAGCCCCAUAUCGAUGGUGACCCAGGAGACCUCAUCAUCCGCAUCAAGACUCAGCCACACCUCAGGUUUGAGCGGCGUGGGGAUGACUUGUACACCAAUGUCACCUUGUCAUUGCAGGAAGCAUUGCUUGGCUUUCAGUUGGACAUUCCUCAUUUAGACAACCACAAUGUGCACAUAGUGAGGGAGAAGCCCACCUGGCCUGGUGCAAGGAUCAGGAAGAAGGGUGAAGGAAUGCCCAACUAUGAUAACAACAACUUGGUUGGCACCCUCUACAUCACCUUCGAUGUGGAAUUCCCCAAGUCCGAGUUUACCCCGGAGGAGCGCGAAGAACUGAAGAAGAUCCUGAAGCAGGAGUCCAUAGGAAAGGUGUACAAUGGCCUGCGAGGAUACUGAUGACUGUGCUAAGUUAGGAACACUUCUGUACAGAUUGUUAUAAUUUAUGGGUGUGUGUGUGUGUGUGUGUGUGUGUGUGUGUGUGUGUGUGUGUGUUCUUGUUCCAGUGUAGUGGCAUUAGUACCCAAGGUUGUAGUAUCAUCAUGACUACCAUUAACUUUAUAAAAGUAGGGAGGACUUUUUUCUUUUUUCUUCCUGCUGACAAGACUCAUUGUGGAGCACCAUUUUUAUCUCUUUUUUGACAAUGAUGGAACAGAUAAAACAUUAAAUGUCUUUUUUUUUUGUCAAGGCAUUUGUCUUUACUUAUGCUCACUGCCACUUGCACACCACUAGCAUUUGUGUCACUGAGCAUUGAGAACACAUGCACUAUGUACAGUAGGUCACACUGGGGCCUCAUUCCACAGGAAAAUGUAUGUGCCACCAGAUGAAAUAUUCUAGGAAACUUGAGCUAG